UGGUUUUGCAGGAAGCGCUACGACAAGGCCGAGUCGGAGUACGUGGCGGCCAAGCUGGACCUGCAGCACAAGACGGAGAUCAAGGAGCACCUCACGGAGCACCUGUGCACCAUCAUCCAGCAGAACGAGCUCCGCAAGGCCAGGAAGCUGGAGGAGUUAAUGCAGCAGCUGGAUGUGGAGGCAGAUGAGGAAAAUUUGGAGCUGGAGAUCGAGGUGGAACAGAUGCUGCAGCAACAGGAGGCAGAGGCAGGGAGACAAUCCAGCCACGCGGGGACAGCCCAGGAGAACCCUGCUCCCGGUGGUGUGGGGCAGGAGAACCAGCAGGCUGACCACGCUGCUGCCGCUUGUCCUGCAGUUUCUGAACAAUCUCAAAACCCCAGGACCAAAUCCCUUUCCAACGUGAACAGCCAAGCUCAGGCAGUAAAUGUGACUUCAGGAAGCUCCCCAGCUUGUUCUGCCACAUGACUGCUGGACACAGAUAAGCCAGUGGUUAUGGAUGAGGCACUCCCUGCAGGCUUGUGGCUCUAUGUUGUAUCUGGGCUUCAGCAGUGCCAGUAAUACACACUCAAUUUCUCUCUUCCUUUUUACUGUUUUCAAAUUUUAAAGGCUCUUUUCUUUCCACAAGACGCAUUUGGGGUUCAUCAUCUCUCAUCAUUCUGGUGUAUGUUCUACUGCCCAGCUCUUCAUGGGCUUUUGUACCUUCCUGAAACAGGACACUUGGAAGUGAACAGUAGGGUUUGUCCAAAGAUUUUCAGCUUUUUGAUACCCACGGAUGCCUGUUCUGAGCAGUGUGCAAGAGAAUGAUACCUACAGGAGAAACCUUGGUCUGCUUCAGAGCACAUUCUGACAACUGCAAUGGGAUGUUUGUCUUCCUUUGUAUCCAUAAGGGAUUAGUUUCCAACGGUUUCUCAUGCUGUGAAAGCCAAGUGCUUACAUUAAUUGCCUUCAUAGAGGUUUCUCUUUCCUGAUUUAAGGGAAAUUUGCAUAUUGAGGCAAACUGCAAAGUCAGUCGUAAUACCUCGUGUUUAUCGCUUCUCCUGUUCCUUUCAGGCCAUGCUGAAUCAUGAAGCUGUACAUUGAUAACACUAUUAGCUGUGAAAUCACAGCUGCUAGGGUUUAGCAAAAAUUAUGGGUUACAGUUUAAGACAUUGCAGAACGUAGAAGUAGAAACACACGAAAGAGUGUGUUACAUUUAAAGCUGUUCCAUUGCAGAGAUUUUCUCUGUUGUAGUUGCCUCAAAGUGACAAUAAUUAGCCAUAAUUAGCCAAUAAUUCAUCUUGUAAUGAAUAAUCCCCAGAGUAUAUUUGAAACAAGCAUAUUUUUGUAGAACAUUUAAUGCAUUUUCUUGCCUGAAGAGCAGGUUAGUACCCCACAAAAGUUCAGCUGAUUUGCUUUAUUGCUGUUGAAAGGCUUUAAAAAGCUAUUCCAGGUGGAGAAAGCCUCAGGAAUCAAAAGAGAACAUAGGAAAAUCUCCCAUAGACUGAUUGCAGCUGCAAACCAUGGGGACUGCACUCACAAUUAACCUCUUGGUAUCAGGGAAGUGUGGGAAUGGUUCCUGGAAUACCUGACCUGGACGUGUUGGGUCCGAGUUUAUGAAUGAGUUGCUGAAUGACGCCACCGAGUCUAUAAAUGGGACAGUGAUUGUCUCUAUGGCUUGAACAGUGGAAAAACAUGUCACUACAUUUCACUUUUAUUCUAUUAAUAAAUCAGUGCAUCUUGUACACAGUGUGUUUA